AUGGACAACACCUCAACUAAUACAAAUAAUAACACGACGUCAUUUGGAAGAAAUGAAGCUUUGGCGAAAGUGGAAAUCACCGUACUUGCGGCUAUUCUAUUCAUGGCUGUUUUUGGAAACUUGAUGAUUAUCGUAAUUCAUGUGUACAGGGAACGCAAACUUAACAGAAUGCAACUUUUUAUUGUCCAUCUUGCGGCGGCUGACAUUUUCGUUGGCCUUUUUCAAGUUCUCCCGCAGUUAAUCAAUGACAUAACAGACAGAUUCGAUGGAAAUAAUUUUCUGUGUAAGCUGGUGAGCUACAUUGAAGUGGGGACAAUGUAUAAUUCUACAUACGUGCUAAUUAUGACCGCUCUAGAUCGUUACCUGUCUAUAUGUCAUCCCCUAAUGUCUCAGACGUGGACUUCGAAGCGCGUUCAUGCUAUGGUCGUCAUUGCUUGGCUUCUCGCAGCAAUAUUCGCGUCACCGCAGUUAUUAAUUUUUUCCUAUAAAAGACGGGAGAGCGACGGCGUGUACAUAUGCGGAGACAAUUUUAACAGCAGCAAUAUGUGGCAAAUGCAGACUUACAUAACUUGGAUUUUCCUCUCUGUUUACGCAGUUCCCUUUAUAAUUCUUACAGUGUGUUACUCGAAAAUUUGCACGGUAGUGUGGAUAAGCGUUAAUGCCAAGGAAACCCACACUAGUAAAUGCAAAAGGAAGCAUUUGCUUCAAAACGGAGCGGGUAGUCAAUCAAGCAGAACAAAGGCAGUACUUCAUCUCCGCGCUCAUUCUAAUAAAUUAACACAGUCUAAAAUUAAGACCGUCAAAUUGACAUUGGCAGUCGUGAUCUGCUUCAUCGUAUGUUGGGCACCGUUCUUCAUAACCCAGAUGUGGGCAGCUUACGACAUCAACUCUCCUUAUGACACAAGUCACGUGAUGGUCAUUACCUCGCUGCUAGCAAGUUUAAACUCCUGUACGAACCCUUGGAUAUACAUGGUGUUUUCAAAGUUCCUGAUCGACUUGAGUCAGCACGUCAUCUACGUUGAAACCGUUCAGAACCUGCCAUAUGCCAUUAUGCCUCAAGCGAUCGAAAUCCGUCUGAAAGUCGAUAAGGUUGUGGAAGAGUUCUGCUUGGUGUUGCAGACUGCGGCACUUUCAUGA